CUGUGAUGCGCAGGGUUGCAUGCGAUAGUUAACCAACACCGAUAAUCGCUCUACUCUGACAGCUCAACGCAGCUGUCAAAUUCUUUUACGUCAAGCUUUCAUUUCCUAUAGGAUAUUGAAUUGCAUUAACAAUGGCAAAGACAAAGGGCGAGAAACGCAAGAAGUCGGCAAUCAACGAAGUCGUCACCCGAGAGUGCACCAUUCACUUGGCCAAGCGUGUGCACAACAUUGGCUUCAAGAAGCGUGCUCCCCGCGCCAUCAAGGAGAUCCGCAAGUUUGCCGAGCGUGAGAUGGGCACCAACGAUGUGCGCAUCGACACCCGCCUUAACAAGCACAUUUGGUCCAAGGGUAUCCGCUCGACGCCUUUCCGUCUGCGUGUGCGUCUGGCGCGUCGCCGCAAUGACGAUGAGGACUCACCCAACAAACUGUACACGCUGGUGACAUACGUGCCCGUGCCCACAUUCAAGAAUUUGCAGACGGAGAACGUUGAGGUCAGCGACGAAUAAACAAAACAACAACAACAAACAAAUAAAACAGCUAAACAGUUUACGCCGC